UCUCUCCCUCCUACAUACAGACGGAGAGGCAGAGUCAGGUAGGCAGGCAGGCAGCUACCUUUCAUCAGUCUCCAGUCGUCCUGCCUCUCUAUCUCCAUCACUCAGUUUUAUCCUAUCUUUUUCCUUCGCAUAUAAACCAAUUCAAUUCAGCAAAUUGUUUUGCCAACUUUCUCUUCCCAUCUCCUCAUUCCUCCCCUUUUCUGGUAAAUACAAUACAAUACACAAAACCCAUUUCAUUUCCCUAGCUCCCAAUCUUCCCAUUCCCCCGUCAGGCGACCUGAAAGAAGUCACCAGAAUUGAUGACCCACUAAACACUACACUUCAAUCAAAAUGAGAAUGAGAUUGAGAAUACCACGGUACCUUUGUCUCUUCCUCCUCCUUUGUUCUCGUGCCUCCCUCGCCGGCCUACUGGCCGAGCCAGCUCAGCCGCUGAAGCCCGGCGGUGGAGGUGGAGGUGGAGAUUACAACACCGUCCCCGCCUUCCCCGUCCAGACGGAGUCUCAGAACUGCCGACUCGACCUCUCCGCCGAGCUCUUCGGCGGCGUCAGCGCCGCCUGCGGGCGCAACCUCGACCGCAGCCGCUGCUGCCCCGUCCUGGCAGCGUGGCUCUUCGCUGCGCACGCCAGAUCGGCUCUUCAGGUUCCGACGGCUGCCACUUCGGAGUCGGACGACUUGCCCAUGAUGCCGGACGACUCUCAAAAGUGUGUGAACUCGCUGCAGAGCUCUCUGGCAAGCCGUAACAUACAUAUUCCCCAGCCCAACGCCUCGUGCGACGCCGUCCUCUGCUUCUGCGGCAUUCGCCUGCACCAGAUCACUUCCCUCCGCUGCCCAGGCGCCUUCAACGUCACCGUCACGGGGACGGGGACGGCGGCGCAUUACAGAAACGCCACACCCUCCGCCGCCGUCAAGAAUUUGGAGCACAACUGCAAGAAUUCGUCUUACGCUGGCUGUACCAAGUGCCUUGGUGCCCUGCAGAAGCUGAGAGUGGAUGGCAAUGGCAAGAACAGAAGCAAGGAUGAUGAUGACGAUGGUGGUGGUGAUGAUAAAGAGCGGGUUCAGAAGAUGCUGAAGAGGGACUGCGAGGUGAUGGGGCUGACGUGGCUGCUGGCUCGGAACAAGACGGCGUACAUCCCGACGGUGUCGGCAGUGCUGCGGGCCAUCAUGUACAGCGCGCACCCUCCCCGGCAGUCCUCCACCUGCUCCCCUGACCAGGAGAACAUGCCCCUCGCCGUCAAUUCCCUGCAGUUCGACGCCAAAUACUCCUCCUCCUCCCCCUCUUCCCUACAUUCUCCCCCCUUUUUAUUAUUAUUAUCAUUUUCAUUAUUAUAUGCCUCAGCCUCGUUCUUCUUCCUCUAGCUAGCUCAUCAGGCCCUUCUGUCAGUCAUCAAUUCCUUGUUUUGUUAUUAUUAUUAUUAUUAUAUACAUAUAUAUGUCUGCACGCACCGGGUUCACGGGAUCAUUUUGAACAGAAAAGAGAAAUGGAAGACAGCCAGCCAGCCAGCCAGCCAGGGCUUUUUUAUUUUUUUUUGUCAUCUUCUCCAAAUGGCACUGUACAUUAUAUGCGUACAUGUCAGAAUUAUUUAUAGUCUUGGGCUUCUUUUGGGCACUAAUUGUUAGGUGGCUGGCUCAUUGCACCGCAUUGCUUGACCCUUCCCUCUUCCUUACGCCUUGUCCAAUUAAAUGGACUUUGUCAUAGAUAAAAAGUGUGCCUGCAAUAUGAAUCGGAGGAUCCCGCCCACUUGCACGAAAGGGAACAAACUAUUCGGGUGUGUUUGUUCGUGGUUUUAGUUUUUUUAUUUGAAUUUUUGAAUAACAAAAAGGUUGAAUUUGAA